GCAAAGUACAAAACAGUUCCGUGAGACUUUGUUCAGCCAUGGUUUUAAGCUUUGUUCUCGUUUUAAAUGCUGUUGAAGUUUAAUCAUUAAACUCUGUGGAAAUAUCGUGAGCGAAAACAUCUUCCGCAAUCGAUAAUAUCAUUUGUUUGGAUGUGUAAAUAGCCUGAUAAAUGAUAAAUAGGAGUUUCCUUGAUAAUGAUUGACUCAUUAUUCAACAUGCAAACUAAUACUAAUGUGUAUCUAUUGCGUUUAAAUGCUACUAAAGUGCUUUUGUUUCUUUGACCAUGCGCAGCGAUCUAUCGAAAUCCUUUGUAGCGUGGUGUUGUGAAUCGUCAAGAUCAUCAAGAUUUAACACUCUAACAGUUUUCAAAGUUCUUCUGUCUGAAGAGGCCACUAAUUAGAUUUAUCGAAUAUCUUAGUGACUAGCAUUUGUUGAUACUGCUGUUCAUAGUUAAGUUAACAAAUAUCUAAAAAGAAAAAAAAUGGAUUCAUUUAUUGUUAAAGUUAUAAUUUUUUCUCUGGUAUCAGGCACUUUGUGCAAUAUUUUAUAUUAUCAACCAGAGGCUGUACACAUUGCUUAUGGAGAUAACAUUCAUGAUAUUGUUGUGACAUGGAGCACUAGGAAUGAUACGGAGGAAUCUAUCGUUGAAUAUGGUAUAGGAGGACUUGUUCUUAGUGCCACAGGAUAUUCCACGAUAUUUGUUGAUGGUGGAAAUGAAAAACAAAAACAAUAUAUUCAUAGAGUAUGGCUAAAGAAUUUAACACCCAAUAGCAAAUAUAUUUACCAUUGUGGUAGCAAAUAUGGAUGGUCGAAUGUCUUUUACAUGAAAACUGCUCCCGAAGAAUCGGCCAAUUGGUCACCACAAAUUGUUAUAUUUGGUGAUAUGGGUAAUGAAAAUGCUCAAAGUUUACCAAGACUACAGGAAGAGGCUCAACAUGGACUAUAUGAUGCAGCCAUUCAUGUGGGAGAUUUUGCAUAUGAUAUGAGUACUGAUAAUGCACGCGUUGGUGAUGAAUUCAUGAAGCAAAUAGAAGGUGUUGCUGCUUAUUUACCUUAUAUGACAGUACCUGGUAAUCACGAAGAACAUUAUAAUUUUAGUAACUAUAGAUCUCGUUUUACAAUGCCUGGCGACAGUGAAGGUUUAUGGUAUAGUUUUAAUGUAGGACCUGUCCACUUCAUAGGUAUAGAAACAGAAGCUUAUUACUUUAUGAAUUAUGGUAUUAAACAACUGGUUAAGCAAUAUGAUUGGCUAGAAAGGGAUUUAGAAAAAGCAAACAAUCCUAAGAAUAGAGAACAGCGGCCAUGGAUAGUGGUAUUCGGUCACAGACCAAUGUACUGCAGUAAUGCAAAUGCAGAUGACUGUACCAAUUACCAAAGUCUUGUUAGAGUUGGAUUGCCAUUUAUCAAUUGGUUCGGAUUGGAAGAUCUCUUCUUUAAACAAAAAGUAGAUUUAUUAUUAUGGGCGCACGAGCACAGUUAUGAGCGUAUGUGGCCCAUGUACAAUUUGAAGGUACAAAAUGGGAGUUACGAAGAACCGUAUAAAAAUUACAAGGCACCUGUGCACAUAGUAACUGGAUCGGCCGGAUGUGUAGAGGGUAGAGAAAAGUUCGUCCCACAUAAACCAGAAUGGUCUGCGUAUCAUAGUUCAGAUUAUGGUUAUACAAGGAUGAAGGCGUAUAAUAGGACUCAUCUUUAUCUUGAACAGGUAUCCGAUGACAAGGAAGGUGCUAUUUUGGAUCAAGUUUGGCUUAUAAAGGACGACUUUUUCCCGGCGUACAAUAUAGACCUUAUAAAUGAAAUAUAAAGCACAAUAUAGGAUAAAGCGAUUGAAACGAUAUAUAGACAUAUCACUUUAGUUACCAUUUUGUCUCAUAUGACAAUGUACCAUGCUCUUUUAUUGUAAAUAGCAAAAUUGUCUGUCUGUAAACUUCGAACAAUCGAGUUUAAUUCUAUU